CUUUCUUUCUUUUUAUUAAUUCUUACUUUGUAAACGAAAAGAAAAAAAUAACAUAUAUGAAUCAAAUAAGAGUGGCACUAAAUAAGCUACCACCGGCAGCGACCAUUAAAAUAUUACGUAAAGUGUUUGCAUUGCCUGCACCUGCUGCACGGUUAAUUUUGAACGAUGUGACGAAACCACUUUCAGCGCAUAAAUUAUGGAUACACAAAGUUGCUUGGAAUGGUGAAUGGUCUGGAUGUUGGAUUGGAGAACAUAUCAAACAUUUAGACCAGGCAUCACUUCAAAAGCGAAUUGACGACUGUGAUAUCAUCUUGUUCAAUGUCCAUGGUGGUGGGUUUCGAAUUGGUACAUGUACCAUGUACAUGGCGACUUAUAUUUCAUGGAUUAAAGUGCUAAAACAUAGUUAUGGCUUGGAAGCUAUGAUCAUGUCGGUGGAUUAUCGCUUAGCUCCUGAAUUCAAGUAUCCCAGCCCUGUGGAAGAUGUCGUACGAGCCUAUGAAAGUCUUUGCAAGAAAGUGGACGCGGGAAAGAUAAUUGUGACAGGUGACUCUGCUGGGGCAGCUCUCCUUUUGGAAAUGUUAUUUAUCACGCAUGAUCCCAGCAUGUUUGAAAUUGUCCUAGAUGAGAAACAAGAAGGUGUAGCUUUGGCGGAGUUACCGAGACCUGCUGGGGCUGUCUUUAUCUCGCCGCUUGUCACGGACGAAACCACAUCUGUCUCCUGGAAAAACAACAUAAAAUACGAUUACAUCUCUCAACACACUGCCAAAGUCAUCAAGAAGGAUUAUUUUGGCCGUCUGGGUCCCGACGAAACCAAUCAAAUAUUAGGCAUUGCUAAACUCGAAACUGGAUUUCGAUCAUUUCUACCAGAGCAAGUAUUAAUGUUUGUGGGUCAAAGAGAAGUGCUACUGGACGACGCUUUGGAUUUAGCUAUGCGAGCAGAACGUGACGGAAUUCAAUGGGAAACUGUGGCAGAAGAUUGUGUACAUGACUGGUUUUGUGUACGCGAGGUGGUCAAGGAUAAAAAGAUGUUGAUACGUGCGGAUGCAGCCUUUGCCGAUUUUUGCUACCGUGCUCUUAGGCGUAUUCCUAAAAUGGGCGUGUCUGCUCGUCCCUUGAUAGAUGCUCACUCCAGUAGUUACUCAACCUUCAGGAGGUCUAGCGAAGGACUGGAGAUGGUAUUGGAAGAAGAUGAAGACAGCGACUAUGACACCAAUGAUGAGUUUAGUGACACGGAUCAAGAGUCUACUGCUAUUUAUACUGCCAAUUUAGGAAAGAAGAAAUAUUCUUCAACAGCUGGGAAAAAAGAAGAGAUCAAAACGGUGCUUGUAUAAUGAUAACAAUAAUAAAAAAGCCAUGUACAUAAUAAUAUCA